AUGUGUGGAUUAGACAGUUUUUCGGUGGAUGGAAACGCUGGAUUUGAUACUCUUCAACGUCUAGUAAAGGAAUUACAAGUUAGCAACAGUGAAGAAAAAAAUUUACUACAACUUAUUAAAUUGAGUUGCAAUUACUUGAAAUUUGAAUAUCAACAGAAUGUCAGUCAAGAUGAUACUGAUUGUGCAACUCAUUGUCGAUCAUUUGCUCUUAGUCAUCCAUUUGAAAAAGAUUUGAAAAGUAAUUGCAAUCAUUCGAAACACUACAUGUCAUGUAUUAAAUGCAAUUCUCCACUUGCUUUACUUCGUCGAAUGGAACAUUUAGUGACUGAUGCUACACCAUCAGACAGCAAAGAUGAACUUGAAGUAGAUUUAUUAACUGCUAAAGUCGACAUUCUUUCAUGGAUGUUCCAUAUAAUUCGAGGUGUACAGCAAGAUAAAAGUAAAAAAUUUGUUCUCUCAACUAGAUUCAAAAAGUGGUCUUCUAUUAUCUGA